AUGUGUACGCAACGAUACGCGGGAUAUACGACGCAAAGUCGCGAGCGAAAAGGAGCGGAAAUUAUCGAGGCUGUCAAUGUGAUCAGAGGCGAUGCCCGAAAGGACCUCCAGGGCCGCCAGGAGAUCCGGGAGAUCGAGGGGUUGAUGGAUACGACGGUAUCCCUGGACCAGCCGGUAUGGAUGCACCGAAUGCGAUCAAAAGUGGUCGACCACCGCAGGAAUGUGUGCAAUGCCCACCCGGGGCCCAAGGACCCCCAGGAUCUGCGGGAGCAACUGGUCAGCCGGGCCCCCCUGGACCCCCUGGAUUCAUUGGAAAGAGCUCAACUCGACGCGCAUCUCAAUCAAGGCGAAGAUAACGGAUAUGGUCUUGAUAGUCAGAGCCCCUCCGCCAGCCCGCCACCCGUUCUCCCUGUGGCCCCGGCGCAAGGAUACGGGUUUUUCCAGAAACGCGAGUCGCCACAAGUCCACUCAGCCCCCACACCGACACAACUUGAAGCCGUUCAAGUUGACCAGGCCCGGCGCCAAUACGCCUACCAGCAGCAGUUGAGGGCAAUGGCCCUGGCCGAGUACGAGCGGCUAGCCACCGCCCAACAGCAGCAACGCCUCCAGCCGAUUCAGGGCCCAUUCCGAUACGGUGGCCAGGGCACCGUAUAUCAACGUCAACAAGCACAGCCCACCCAUACAAUCCCUGCCGCGUACUUUGGGAAG